AAAGAAAAAGAAAAAGAAAAGGGGGGCUUGGUUGUAAUUGAUGAAAAUUGAUUGUCCGCAUACGAGCGCCGGAGCCGCGUCUGAAAACACGGAGAAACAGAGGAUUAUUCUCCGCCUGCGAGCGUCUGUCGAUGGUGGGACUGUAGCGCACCAGGAGCUGCAGCAGCAGGGAUGAGGAUCCGGCUGCAGGGUCCCGGCCACGCUGCCAGCCUUCUCGCUGAGCUCAACCGCUGCCGCCAGUCACGUCGGUACUGUGAUGUGUUCCUACAAGUUGGGAACCGCACGUUCGCGGCGCACCGUGCGGUGCUGGCCUGCGCCGGGACGUACUUCCGCAGCCUGUUCACCCGGGCUCCGGCGUCGUCCACCGCCGCCUUCUCCCUGGAGUUUGUCUCCCCGGCAAACUUUGAGAAGGUGCUGACGUUCAUCUACACGGGGGAGAUCCUGACUGACCUCAUAGAUGUUGGGGUACUGUAUGAGCUGGCUGAGAGGCUGGGUGUCGGUGAACUGGUGAGGGCGUGUCACGCUAUCUUCCCUGACCUGCAAGCGUCUGUGUCUGCAAACUGCAAAUCCAGCAGUCCGGGAGACCUCACCUUGGACUCUGGCAUGGUUGCGGAUGCUUCCACGGUGGCGGCUGUUGGUGCGGCUUCUGUAUCCGCCUCGUCUGUGUGUUCGUCUGCCGCCUCCUGCUCGUCUCUGUCUUCGUCAGCUGCCCCGACUCCUGCUGCUCCCUCACCUAUCUUCCAAGCCAGGACAGCCAGGCCCAGCCGCGAAGCUCACACGGGGACUCUGACUCUAGACCUGAAGGCAGAAGACGUCCAGUCUCAUAUUGGCUACGGGCGGAUGGCAGCAGAUCAUCAACUGCCAGGAGGACAUCUUUUAACCAGCUCCAGUCAGAGUGAAAGCAUGCUGCCUGCGGGUCCUGUGCUCCAGCUGAAGACUGAGCAGGGGCUGGAGGAGGAGGCAGGAGGCAGCUGUGAGGAAGGCAACAGAGAUGGACGAAUGGUUUCUGAGAGCACAGGUGUCUCUCUGCCUCAGAGCAGCGACCCUGCGCCGUCCGACUCCUGCUCCUUCCCAGACUCUUCGGCUCAGCUCGGAGCUGAGGCCUGCGCCCCGACGUCAUCCUCAGGAGAGCCUCCAGGUGGCCUGCAGGUCGGGGCCGUGGGGGGCGGCGUGGUGGAGCUGCAGAGCGACAGCAGACUGAUGUUUAGAGAGAUGGAGGAGGUAGAGAAUGAGGAGGAGAGGGAGGCUCUGCAAAGUAACGGCGCAAUGGAUGGAACGGAGGAGGAGCAGUGGAGACAGCUGGCAGGUGAGAUCAUCGAGCUGAGCGACGAUGAGAACUUCAUGGAGGAGGGAGAUGAAGAGGAUGAUGAAGACGACCUUGUGUGUGUGGAGAACGGAGAUGGAGGGAACUCAAGCAGCCAGGUGGCAGGAGACAUGCUGUCCUGUAAAGCCUGCACGGUGCCUCUCCCAGCAGACCCGGCUGCCAUCAGAAGACACUCUGAGACCCACCUGACGGAGCUGGGGCUCUGCAGGGUGUGCGGGGCCUCGUUCCCGGACCGUGCUGCCGGCGUCGCCCACUCCCUCUCCCACGUCGGGGUGCAGCUCUUCACCUGUGACAUGUGUCACCUUCAGUUCUGCAGCCAAAGCAAACUGCUGCGUCACCACCACCAGAUGUCCUCCAGUUACACCAUACCACAGGGGGCGCUGACCAACAGCAACCAAGGUCUGAGCUCCGACCUGCAGUGUGCUGUGUGCACCAAAACCCUCAGCAAGGACUUCCAGACUGUCAAAGACCACCUGCUGAACCACGUGUGUCCUCAGAGCCUGAGCUGUGGAGUGUGUCACCUCCCCCAGCUCUCCCUGUGCUCCCUGCUGUGGCACGCCCUCGCCCACCUCUCUUUACCCGUCUUCACCUGCCCACACUGCGCCCGCUGCUUCGUGGAGCGCCCCCUCCUGGACAGACACAUGACUGCGCACGCCGAGGAGGCGACGGCGAAGGAGAGGGAGCGGUCGGAACUGAGGGCUUACAGAGUCGGGGGAGGAGAUGUGGCAGGAGUGGAAGAGUUGCAUUGCUUCCUUUGCCCGCAGACUUUCCGCUCCUCGUCUGCCUUUCAGUACCAUCUGAGCCUGCACACCAACGAGUCCCUGGGGAGUGGAGGAGGUGUUGGCAGCCAGGGCUGGUUAGGCAAACGUAAAGCUGACCAGUCUCUGGAGUGCCCUCCAUCUUCCUGCUCCUCCUCAUCUCCACGGGACGUCAGCGGCCUCGUUAAAAUGAGCAACCUGGGUCUCGGUCCAGGAAUUGGCUUCAAUAUACCAGAUAAGUUUUUUCAGGGGCCAGGACACAGCUUGUCCUCUGGGGUCCUGACCAACGGGAGCUCAGGUCAGGACGGAGGAGGCGGAUCAGCGGGAGUCCGUGGGAAAUGGUACAGGUGUCGCUACUGUGGUAAACGCUUCGCCCACUCGGGGGAGUUCACCUAUCACCUCCGCAUCCACACGGGGGAAAAACCCUACCAGUGCAAGGUCUGUCUGCGUUUCUUCAGAGGCCGCUCCACCAUGAUCUGCCACCUGAAGACGCACGCCGGCGCUCUGAUGUACCGCUGCACCGUCUGCGGCCUUUACUUCUCCACGCUGAAGCUGGUGUCAUCACAUAUGGAGCUCCACAAGGACCACCUGCCACCGGACUUCAACAUCGAGCAGACCUUCAUGUACAAUGAUCACUCAAAAGAACCGCUGCCCUCUGUGGACACCUGAUCGUCCUCUGAGCUUCUCCCUCUCUCUGACACCAACUCUGCGUCUGGUUGUUGUGGACCAUACACUGCAUAGACUGGGGCUGCAACUAAAAAAUACUUUCAUUAUCGAUUUAAUCGUUCGUUGAGCUGUCCAGAACUCUGUCAAAGAACAGUUAAAAACCCCAAAAUAUUGUUUAUGAUGAUAGAAAACUUAGAAAAGCAUAAAAGUCUCACAUUUCUGCUUCAUAAACAAAUUUAAGGUCCGUACCGACGAUCAAAACUCUUCUUUAAACAAAUUUGUAUCGCGGCUGACUAAUCGAUUAAUCGAUUGAGCUCCAUUAUAGACUUAGACGUUUAGAAUGUAGUGGACGUAUUAUCUGUCACUCGACCCCUUUGGAGGUUUAGUCUCUUUGAGAGAAGAUAAAAAAAGAAGCCACUUGGUGGCAGUGUAUCCUGUGGUGUGUCAGUGAAAGAAGGGAAGCCUGUGGGUGGUUGACUGUCAUGCAGGACUCUGCUUAUAUUAUAUCCAAACAAGUCUGUAUCUUUACAACUUAGGCAUCGGGAUAGGUUUUUAAUGUCAGUGGUUGAUGAUUACACUGUUAUUAAAGUAGCACCUCACUGUAGCAUAGAAAUUAUUUUCCUAUAUUUGCACUCGCUAUUUUCACACAGUUCGAUUUUUUUAUGUCCUUUAAGGUUUCGUGUUUCACUCCGUAGAUAACCAGCCGCAUGGAGAAGUGCAUUUCAUUUGUCUGUCGGUGAAACACAAAAACAUGUUUGUGUGAUGCUUUCGGUAAAAUGCCGUUCAGUCACAUGCUGCGUUCACCUGCUGAGAGCAUGUGAAACGUAUUGUUCUGUAGAAACAUGUUUAAGUGCCCAUCGCAUAUUCGUGUCUUACCUCAUAUUUAUGAUGACAGUGCAACUAUUUAUUAUUUUUUAAAUAUUGUUUUUGAAAAGAUAAAAUAAAUGCCUCGAGGAA